CACUCACCCCAUCAACAUUAUCUUUCUCCCUCUCCUCCCUCUCUCUAUUUUUCGCACACAACACACAUUACAUGAAACGACGUGGAGUUGCAAUCAUGAACAUAUGAAGAAAAAAAUUAAUCUCACACUAUAUAUAUAUACACAUUCAUCCCUCAAACACACUACACACACAAAAAAAAUAUUGUCCCAAAAAGACACACACUAACAAUGGCCAAAAACACCCAUAUCCUCCUCAUCCUCUCCCUAUGCAUCCUCCUCCGUUUAUCGGAGUCGCGGCCGCCCUUCGCCUGCGACCCGAACAACGGUGCCACUAGGAACUUGCCCUUUUGUCGAACUUCGUUGCAUAUAAGAGAUAGGGUUGCGGAUUUGAUUGGAAGGCUCACUUUGCAAGAGAAAAUUAGGUCCCUAGUGAACAAUGCUGCCCCUGUGGAGCGCCUAGGAAUAUCUGGCUACGAGUGGUGGUCGGAGGCGCUCCACGGGGUGUCCAACACUGGCCCCGGGGUCAAGUUUGGUGGUGAAUUCCCCGGGGCCACCAGUUUCCCGCAGGUCAUCACCACUGCGGCCUCCUACAACGCCUCGUUGUGGGAGGCCAUUGGUCAGGUGGUCUCGGAUGAAGCACGGGCAAUGUACAAUGGGGGCCGGGCGGGCCUGACCUAUUGGAGCCCGAAUGUGAACAUAUUUAGGGACCCUCGAUGGGGCCGAGGCCAAGAGACGCCGGGUGAGGACCCGGCACUGGCAGCUAAAUACGCCGCCAGCUACGUGAAGGGGCUGCAGGGCAACUCGGCCGGGAACCGGCUAAAAGUGGCCGCGUGUUGCAAGCAUUACACAGCCUAUGAUCUUGAUUCUUGGAAUGGAGUUGAUCGAUUUCAUUUUAAUGCUAAGGUGAGCAAGCAAGAUUUGGAGGAAACAUACAAUGUGCCGUUCAAGGCGUGUGUAUCAGAAGGAAAAGUUGCGAGUGUAAUGUGCUCGUACAAUCAAGUCAAUGGUAAACCAACUUGCGCUGACCCAUCUCUCCUUCGCGACACUAUUCGCGGGCAAUGGCGUCUUAACGGGUACAUUGUUUCCGACUGUGACUCAGUUGAUGUUCUCUACAAUAGUCAACAUUACACAUCCACCCCUGAAGAUGCAGCUGCCGAUACAAUUAAAGCAGGCUUGGAUUUGGACUGCGGCCCUUUCCUUGCGAUCCAUACAGAGGGAGCAAUACGGGCCAACAAAUUAAGCGAGGUCGACGUAAAUCGGGCCUUGGGGAAUUUACUCACGGUCCAAAUGCGUUUGGGUAUGUUUGACGGCCCGAGACAACCAUACGGUAAUUUGGGCCCGAGGGACGUGUGCACCCCGGCCCAUCAACAAUUGGCUCUUGAAGCGGCCCGACAAGGAAUUGUUUUGCUACAAAAUCGUAACCGGGCCUUGCCAUUUUCGGGCCGUAAAUAUCGGACCGUAGCCGUGAUCGGGCCCAACUCCGAUGUCACGGAUACCAUGAUAGGCAACUAUGCUGGAAUUCCAUGUGCCUAUACUACUGCAUUGGAAGGUAUAUCAAGAUACACUAAGACCAUUCAUGAAAAUGGAUGUGCUUCGGUGAGCUGCCCCGAUAAUCGUGGGUUUGGACGGGCCGAGGCCAUUGCUCGUCAGGCUGAUGCGACCGUGUUGGUGGUGGGUCUUAGCCAAGCGAUCGAGCGUGAAUUCCUCGACCGGAAUGGGCUUCUUUUGCCGGGCCACCAACAAGAGCUUGUGUCAAGGGUGGCUAGGGCCUCCAAAGGCCCAGUUAUAUUGGUCCUAAUGUCUGGUGGCCCAAUUGAUGUCACAUUUGCUAAAAAUAACCCGAAAAUUGGCGGUAUUAUAUGGGCCGGAUACCCGGGACAAGCUGGGGGUGCUGCGAUUGCUGAUGUUAUAUUUGGGGUGACCAAUCCAGGGGGGAAGUUGCCUAUGACAUGGUACCCUCAAGCUUAUUUAGCAAAGGUGCCUAUGACGGAUAUGUCGAUGCGCGCUGACCCUGGAAGAGGCUAUCCGGGCCGGACCUACCGGUUUUACAAAGGUCCAACUGUUUAUCCAUUUGGGUUUGGGCUAAGUUACACCAGUUUUAGACAAACAUUAGCCCAUGGCCCAACAAAAGUGUUGGUCCCUUUUACAAGCUCAAACACUCUCAAGAACAACACUAUGAUCAUGAGUAAUGGAAUUAGAGUUUCAAGCACAAAUUGUGAUGCUCUAAGCUUAGGGUUUCAUGUCAACGUCGAAAAUGUCGGUGAUAUGGACGGGACACACACUAUGAUGCUUUUUGCAUCCUCCCCAUCCGCGGGAGAGGAGAAACGUUUGGUGGCAUUCGAGAAGGUUCAUGUGGUGGCCGGAGCUAAGGAAAGUGUAAAGAUUAAUCUUGAUCCGUGCAGUCAUUUGAGCGUUGUGGAUCGAUUUGGCAUCCGAAGGAUUCCAAUGGGUGAACAUAGUCUUCACUUUGGUGAAGAUCUUAGGCAUACCAUUCUACUUCACAAUGAAGUGGAGGAAAUCAAGUAUUGAUAAAUUGAAGUCCAAUUAAAGGUUUGAUAUUGACAAAAUUAAAUAUUGUGAAAGCAAUUGUCAACCAUUACAUUUCAAUACAAUAGUUUGCAAGUGUAAAAAAAUGUAUUGGGUAUUUAUUUCGAACGAAAUUAAUACUAAUAUUUUGUUUGGCUAUA